AUGAUUAGCGGACUUAUCAUGGAGGUUGGGGCACCAGGAGCGCCGUCCGCGACUCGUGUGGGAUUUGGCGGUGUCCCGUGCAGAGGGGUCAUACCUGUUAGAUUUCCGCACAGUUCUGGUAACUUUCGUUGGUCGGCCAAACGAUGAGAUUGUGUCGAUACGGUGCACGGUCGUAAAGUCCGAAACAGUGAGUUACCAGUGGGCGGAAAAGAGAAGAAAAGCUACGGAAAAGACUCGCGCGCGCGCCGACCGCACUCCCUAAUUCCCUAAUACCCCACUGAUAAUAAACCCUGCCUAGAAUGCCUUGAUGCGCCAAACGCCCAAAUCCAACAAUACCUAA